UGAGGGGCAGUUCUUUGACGUUCUUCUAGGUAUAGGGUGAUUGAAAGAGGUUUUGUUGGUGACACAGUAUUUGCCAGUUUUUGCUUUGGUUGGUUGAGAGAGUUGACACUUGGGAAGGAACUGGACUUGAUAGUGCUUUUCUGGGGCUUUCUAUUUGUUUUUGAAUACUUUAUCAUGAUCCCACUUGCUUUCAUUAAAUUGCCCUUUUCAGUUAGUUUGUUAGGGACAUGAACAGUCAUACAAUUUGGUUCAUAUAUUGCUUGUCCCCCAUUAAUCAGAGUUGAAAGGUUCUCUCCUCUACCUCUGGUUCAUUCAUUUAGACAGAGAAGAAGAGUUCGGAUAUGAAGUGGGUGAAAAGGCUGUAGAGCUAUCUAAUUUUGUUUCUUUCUACUCAGUAACACAAAAUAGAAGCUUGAAAUCAGUUACUUCACCCUUAAUUCCUUUCAUCGCCCUUUUUGUGUUUUUGCUUCUUUGCCCCUCCAAUCCAUGCAUAGGUCACUAGGUGAUUCUUUUCUUGGAUUAUAGAGAAUUAGUUGAUUUGAUACUGUGUAUUAAGUAAAAUUAGUUGAAGACUAGUUGUUUAUACUCUUGUACAAGUUUUCUUAGAUUUGGAGAUUUGAAGUAUUUCUGUAUUUGCCACAAGGGAAAGGUAGCCAUGGAGGAAAUGUCAACAGCAGUUGCUGGUCCAAUUAGGCCAGGUGACGUGAUGCGUAAUGAUGACUCAAGAAUGACAUCCCACGUGGAUAUUGCUGGGCUUAAGCUUAUUACAGACAGGGCAAGCUUGUUAUCAAGGCCUGAAAACAAGCCAAAUCAGCUCAGGAAAAGUAUAGCACCAGUUUCUGAAUGUGAAGAUGGGAGAGGAGAACACGAAGUUAGUCUGUCGAAUCUGAUUAAAAAUGAGGGGCAGGGAAGUGAUGAAGAUGGAUGCCUGUUUUCCAUUUGUGAUCAACAUAUUUCACGUUCCCUAUCUGUGGCUAGUGAUGUCAGCAGCAUCUGUGGUGAGGAGUUUUCAGCUUUUGAGGCUAAUUCCGAGACAAAUGCAAUUACACUUGAUGGGAAAAAAAAUUUUGGUGGUGUCCAAGAUGUGAAUCUGGUGGCAGUGGGUCUUGAGGCGGAGGAUGGCAAUGGAUCAAAUGAAUCCGACAAAAAAUCGACUGAUUCAUUUCUUAAGGUUGUACAACAGAAAAGACUAAGAACUACAAGCCUGAUUGUGCUUGAAUCAAACAAUGUUCCCCUUUGGGGAUAUACAUCUAUCCGUGGAAGAAGACCUGAGAUGGAAGAUGCUGUUGUGGCUAUACCUCGACUUUUGCAAGUUCCAAUUCAAUUGCUGAGGGAUGAAUGCAUUUCGGAUGGCAUGAGUAGGGGUCUAAGCUGUUCAAAUACACAUUUCUUUGGUGUCUAUGAUGGUCAUGGUGGCUGCGAGGUUGCAAACUAUUGCCGAGAGCGUAUGCAUUUGGCUUUGGCAGAGGAGAUAGAAAUUGCAAAACCAGGUAUACAUGAUGCCAAUAUGGAGCAAAAUUGGCAAGAUAAAUGGAAGAACGCCUUAACCAAUUGCUUUGUGAAAGUUGAUGCUGAAAUUGGAGGAUUCAACUCUGACACUAGCGGAAACAAGACUGACCUUCCACCAAUAGCCCCUGAAACUGUUGGUUCUACUGCUGUGGUUGCCGUUGUUUGUCCAACCCAUAUAAUUAUUGCAAACUGUGGUGAUUCAAGGGCAGUUCUCUGUCGUGGGAAAGUGGCUGUACCAUUAUCUGUAGACCACAAGCCAGAGAGAGAGGAUGAACAUGCAAGGAUAGAAGCUGCAGGAGGCAAGGUCAUUCAAUGGAAUGGUUACCGUGUUUCUGGUGUGCUGGCAAUGUCAAGGUCCAUAGGUGACAGAUACCUAAAACCAUGCAUUAUUCCAGAUCCAGGAGUGAUGUUUGUUCCUCGAGCAAAAGAAGAUGAAUGCCUUAUCUUAGCCAGUGAUGGCUUAUGGGAUGUAAUGUCAAAUGAGGAGGUCUGUGAUAUUGCUCGAAAGAGAAUCCUUCUUUGGCACAAAAAGCAUAGUGAGACAUUACUAGCUGGAAGGGGUGAGGAAGCUGAUCCUGCAGCUCAAGCUGCAUCUGAAUACCUCUCAAGGGUUGCUCUUAGCAAGGGAAGCAAAGACAAUACCACUGUUAUUGUGGUUGACCUAAAAGCUCAGAGAAAAUUCAAGAAGAAAUGCUGAUAGUAGUAUCUCAAGUCAUAAAUUUUGACAUGUAUUGUUUUAUUUUAUGAGGUAAAAGCCAUUGUUUAAGUCAAAUGCCUUACACAAUGAUGCUUGCAUAAUUCAGACAAAUAGUUUUCGCAAGGGCUAUUUUGGUUUUAAAAUAGUUACACCUAAUGCAAUAUAGUGAAUUUCAAUUU